AAAGGUUGCCGACCCCUGCUCUACUGUCUCCUCGUCGGCACCUUUCCAUUCAUUAGCUUUCUCUCGGGCUUCAUCUCUUGCGUGGGCUCUUUUAUUCUUUUUUUCAUCCAGAUAAACCCACAGAACAAACGAGAUUUUCCGUCCAUCUCCCCAGAGAGAGCCUUCGCCGACUUCCUGUUCGCUCACACCGUCCUCCAUCUCGUUGUGAUGAAUUUCAUUGGCUGAGGCAAACAUG